AUGCCAACGUCAAGUUUUAUGUAUACAAAACACAAAUCGACGACGACUAAUAUUGCCGAUUUUAUACAACCGAGUUUAGGACAGCUACAGCCAAAUUUAGAUGAAUUCAUGGAUACCAUAGAACCUUUGCAAGAUCUAUUUAGUCCUCCUAAGUUACCACCGGUACCAGAAGAAUGUCAUAUGUCAACAGAAUCUUCCAACAAUUUAUACAGUCAGCCUUAUGGAAAUGUAAACACUUGUUAUCAGACAAAUCAACAUUCAUUGUCUUUACAUUCAGAACUGAACCAACUUAAAAUGACAAAUAUGCGACAAGAAACUACCGAUUCAUCAUGUCCAUUGCACGCUAAUAGUUAUUCAACUGGAGAAAACUAUCAAUCUAAUUUUCCUACAAUGUUUCAUCAAUCUUCAAAUAGUAAUUACCAAUCCAAUAAUCUCUCAUAUAACAAUAUUCCCACGGGAGCUGCACAACCUCAUCACAACGAAAUGCAGAUACCACCUCCACCGCCUGUAUAUUCGUUUGAAUUCAAUAAUUCCAAUAUUAGCCAUGAACCGGUGUUAAACUCCAACAGUUAUAAUCAACAUCAAGAUAUAUCUGCAACUAAUACCUCUGUGAUGAAUUAUGGCAAUGGGUCAUCAACUAAUGAUUUUAAAAAUAGAACUCCACAAGUACAAACGUAUAACAAGUUCCCUCCAAUUGUGAGAAACACACAAGAUCACUUUGUUGCACCAAAAAUCAGACAGAGGCAACGCGGUAGACAAGCUCAGCCAAAGCAAAAAGUUAUGCAAUCUAGUAUAAAUCCUUCAAAUGAUAACAACCAAAGUGUUUUACUUGCUCAGCUUCUCUCGUCGAACAAUAUGUUUCCAACACCAAGUUCAACUGUAGUUUCUACCAACAUGGCCAAGUUUCGAAAUACAAACGGAUCUUAUCAAACAUACCAGCAAGUACCACAGGUUCCACAAGUUCCACAGAUCCCAUAUCAAUUAAUACAAAGAAGAGCAAGAACACCAGAUCACGUUUUAACUUCAUACACUGAUCAUCUUGUGUAUCGAAAACCAAGUCCUGUCUUUAUGAAUCAAAGUGACUGUAAUGUAUAUAAUUUAACACCUAAUACUCGUGGACUUAUCGAUGCAGUUGGAACACCUGGUGGUAUUCAUCAACUUCCGCAAAUUCAACCUAGAUUUGAUAUACCACAUGGAAACACCCAAGGUUACUCAACCUACAGGCUCCCACAACCUCAAGAGUAUGUCAAUCACUCUGUCUCGGUCAUGGACAAACCAUCGCCUACGAGCAGUCAACCUUCACCUACAAAUAACUAUAGUCAACCCUUAAAUACUCCAAUUCCUCAAUCUGUAACAUCACCUAUGGCAUGUAGUACAGAUCUUUGUCAAAAAACUCACUCUCCAAAUCAAUCUAAUGAGUCUGUGAAUUUGUCACAAAGAAAUGGUUCGAUGCCAAUGCCAACACAUGUCAUGAUCCCUGGUCCAUCAAGAACUCCAUAUAAGGAGCAUAGGAGAGUUUGUCAUAUAAAUGCAGAACAAAAGCGGAGGUGCAACAUUAAGAAUGGAUUUGAUAUGUUGAAUAUGUUAAUACCACAAAUCAAUCAAAAUCCAAACACAAAAAUGAGUAAAGCUGCAAUGUUACAAAAAGGAGCUGAUUAUAUACUCCAGCUAAGGUCAGAACGAGCACGGUUAUAUGAAGAGAGGCAAAGUUUGCAACAACAAGUUGAAUCUCUUAAUCUAGCUAUAAGUAAUUGUCAAGCAAUGUUACCCGCAACGGGAGCCCCAUUUUCUAGACAACGAACAACUAAAAUGAAAGAAAUGUUCGAUGAAUAUGUUAAGAAAAGAACUCAAGAGAAUUGGAAAUUUUAUAUUCUGAGUUUAAUUGCAGAACCACUAUUAAAUUCGUUUAACUCUAGUGUGUCUACAUCAAGUUAUGAUGAAAUGUACCGUACUACUCUUCAAUGGGUAGAACAACACUGUACACUGGGUGAUCUCAGGCCAAUUGCUUUGAACGCAUUGCGAAAUCUGUGCACAUCCACAGAAAUACUGUCAGAUCCUAGUAAUCUGCCUGAAGAAAUAAAUAACAUCAUUCAAAAAAGUCAAACGAAACAUCAAUCACAAGGAAACCGAAAUUAA